UCCAUCCCCGAUAAAAGUAAACGAGCCAUGCUGGGCACACUCAUCCGGCUGGUGCAGUUCCAGAACAAAUUCUACGGCGAUAUGUACAACGAGGGGGUGCUCGAUUCACCCAACAUGGCUAAGAUAUUCAUGCAAUACGCUGAGGAGUUGCAAUCCAUCUACGUCAAGGUGGGUAUGGGUGUCAGGAGAACCAUGCGCAUGUGCACGUGCAUCGAUGUUGUAGGGUUUUAG